UGGCAUCUCAGAACGUAAUAGCGAGCCACGUCCGUCCAUUAACCCUCGCAUCCUCUCUUUCAUUCCCUCCGUUGUCUUCAAGUUUUGAGUUUCAGAAUAACUCCUCCAUCGGGAUCGAUUGCUAGCUCCUUCUCCUUCAAAUUCCUUACCUGUUUUCACAGUUUUGACACAGAUACGAACGAGACAUGGCUUACCGUCAUCUUCUCGUCUCCACAUCGUGCUUCCGCUCAUUGGCGGUCAAGCCAUUGCUGUUGACACCAUCACAAUCAUCUCUCUACACGCCCAUCAAGAGAUACAGCGACAAGGAGAGUCUCGGCGAAGAGAUCAUAGAGAAGGCAAGGUCGACGGCCGAGGAGUUCACGAGGGUAGCCAAGGAAAAGGCCGAAGCAGCGAUCGAGACUGUUAAAGAGACCUUUGAAGAUGCAAAAGAAGCUGUGAUGGGCGAGAGCGAUGAUUCUGACUCGGCCAAGAAGAAGUACAAGAAGGUAGAAAAGGGUAACUGCCACAAGAUGGGCAAGCAUUAAAACAAUUUAACAGAAGCUUCCAUAUUUUCUGAGCAACACUGAGGCCUUUUGAAUAUACAAAAACAGAAGCUUUCGUAGUUUAUUUUAUUUUAUUUGGUUGUGGGAUUUCCAUGUAAUAAAACCUUUGUCUUUGUGACCGUAAA